GAAAAUUGCGCGGUUGAUGCCCAAUCGUUCCAACGGUCGUUGUCUGCUUUUGCUGUCAUUUUGCGCUAGGGAAUUGCUGUCACGCCGAGCACGUAUCUGACCUCGCUCUGCAGCAUCUAAGACGAGAGCCAUGGCGAAGGGUAUCAACACGACUAAGGCGUCAGCCGACAACCCAAACCGCAAGAUCCCCAAGCGGCAGAAGGCGGCCAACAUGCGUGACAAGAGCACCAUCAAGCGCCUCAACAUGUAUCGCAACAGCGGCCCCAUCCGCAACAAGGCCGGCAAGGUCGUGGGCGGUAGUCUCAUGAUGAAGAACAAGGCUGGAGGACAGGAGAUCACCAGCGCUAGUGGCCGCGUGCAGCCUGACCGCCGCUGGUUCGGUAACACGCGCGUGGUGGGACAGAAGGAGCUGGACAAGUUCCGCAACGAAAUGUCCCUCAAGGCCGCCGACCCGUACUCGGUGGUGCUGCGUACGCGUAAGCUGCCUAUGGGUCUGCUACAAGAGAGCGAGAAGACGACGCGUAUGAAACUUCUGGAGACCGAGAGCUACGACGAGGUCUUCAACGGCAAGCGCAGCCGCAAACGUGCCAAGAUUGCAGCCACGGACUACGCGUCGCUGGUCUCCAGAGCGCAGGAGAAUGCAGAGAAGUACGAAGCUAAGGGCCCGGAUCGCAACAUUACCGUGGAACAGGAGUUCAAGGAAGAGGUCUCGCACGAUGUGUUCAACAAGGGCCAGUCCAAGCGUAUUUGGGGCGAGCUCUACAAGGUGCUGGACUGCUCGGACGUCGUUAUCCAAGUGCUGGACGCCCGCAACGUUCCUGGUACCCGUUGCGAGCACGUGGAGAAGCACAUCCGCAAGAACGCCUCGCACAAGCACCUAAUCUUUGUCAUUAACAAGUGCGACCUGGUGCCCAACUGGGUCACCAAGCGCUGGGUGCAAAAGCUCAGCGAGACGACGCCUACGCUUGCUUUCCACGCGUCCAUGAGCAACCCGUUCGGCAAGGGUGCGCUGAUUAACCUCCUGCGUCAGUUCGCAAAGCUGCACCAGGAGAAGAAGCAGAUCUCUGUGGGUCUCAUUGGCUACCCGAACGUGGGCAAGAGUUCGGUAAUCAACGCAUUGCGUAAGAAGAAGGUGUGCAAGGUGGCUCCGAUCCCGGGUGAGACCAAGGUGUGGCAGUACAUCACGCUCAUGCGCCGCAUCUUCCUGAUUGAUUGCCCCGGUAUCGUGUAUGACACGGGUGAUGACGAGGUUGAGACUGUGCUCAAGGGUGUCGUUCGUGCUGAGCGUCUGCCUCAGCCCACGGACUUCAUCCUGACCAUCUUACAGCGAGUCAAGAAGGAGUUUAUUGUCAAAGUGUACGGCAUUGAGGAGUGGAAUGACGAGUGGGAUUUCCUGGAGAAACUCGCCAAUAAGUGUGGUAAGCUGCUGCAGAAGGGUGAGCCCGACUACAACAACGUCGCCGUGCAGAUGAUCAACGACUACCAGCGUGGCAAGCUGCCCUGGUUCAUCGCUCCACCCAUGCGUGCAGAGGAGCUCGCUGCUCUUGAGCAAAAGGGUGACGACGCUCCGCUCAACGAGGCCGAGGCUGGCGAGGAUGAGGUGGAGCUCGACGAUGAUGAGAAAGUAGAGGAGGACGAGGAAAGCGCUGAGAAGGACGGCGAUAGUCAGGAGGAGGACAAGCAGAAAUGAUUGGAUAUGCAUGCUAUUGCGCCUCGACUGCUACUGCAUAUUAGAUUUUUGCUAAACGAAAGUGUUUAUAGAUGGAUGAUGCCUAAUGUUUGGUCAAACGAUAGGGUUGCUCGAGCAACGGUCCUUCAUACGUUUGUUAAACUACCGGUAAUUCCAUUUCACUGCUCAAGUUGAGCAGUGGUUAGCUGCCUCGGAAAGCCAAUGCUAAGCGAAAUUUCAGCUCCGAUUAUCGUGUCAACGUCCCAGACAUCAUUCACUGGUUGCUCUCACUACCGCAACAUCUCAUAAA